AUGCGAUUGGUAAGUCCCCUUGUCUUGGAGCUAUGCGACGCGCAGCCCCUCGGUUUUGAGAACCUCUCGGAUCCGUUCGCUAAGUCAGUCGAGAACCUGCUGGCGACUUACCUGAUGUUCGCACACAUCCUGCUGCUCGGUCUUAUGCUCGCCGAUGGACAGGUGGUGGCCCAGCAGAGACAGGAACGCGUUUUCGGCUCGUCUUCGGGAUCUUCCGUCAUUGUGGUCUAUAAGAAGGAGCACGACAAGGACAAUGCCGGUGAUCGUGUCGAAGGAGGACCGGGACAAGGAUUGGAUCGGGGGAUCGGACCAGGUGACGUUGGGGACGGAAGAGAUUUCCGCCUCAGGGAUCAAAGGGACCGCGACACUCGCAAAGUGGAUAUAGAGCUUCGCAAAGACCACGGAAUAAAGAUCUUCCCUAAUGACGACGAGAGGGACGUGAGACACGAUGAUGCACGCCGCGAUCAUUCCGUAUCACGGGAGGAUCACUAUGGCCAAACGCAUUCGAAGAGUCGUCCGCGCGAUGGAGGGUCGUUGACGUCGAACCCACACCGGCUCCACCGAAAACCCGAAAGGCGUCCAGGGAUACUCGAUGAUAGAAGGGACUUCGACGAUGCCCCCGGCGUAGACGACGACUACCGAUUCCCAAAAGCGAAGGACAGUUUCCCGUCGCAUCGUGGAGGGCCGCCCCACCGAGGGGAGCCAGUUCCACCGGGUUUCGCCUCCGACGCCAGACCCGCAUGCGCCCGGGAGCUCGAUCUUUGUGCCCACAACCAUGACUAUCCAGUGGAGAAGGUCCAAACCAUCGUCGACCGGUACUACAACCAGAUGUACGACCUUUAUCACGCUAUGUAUAAGAUCCCACCCCAUGAGGUCCAGUGGGUUGAGAAUUUCACGCAUUCCUUCAGUCAGGAGAAAGAGCACGGCGAUUCCGUCUGUCGGAGCGAAACAUCCUACCUCAGAAUCGGUUGGGCCAAAAACUACAAGGGGCACUGGAUGGCUGUCGUCAACACAGAGAGGUUCCCUCAAACGACCCGCGUGGAGAAAUGUCGCUACCGUGACAAACCGUGCGAGUACAUGGCGCCCUGUUUCAAGACAGCCUGCAAGCAGCGCGAAAUGCUCUUCCCCCUGAUAGCCGUGAACCCUCAUGAUCCAAGUCAGAAGCCGCAGGUGGACCUUUUCCCAAUCCCUUCUGGAUGCGUUUGCUACGUUGAUGACCCAUUCUUCCACAGCAGAGCGCGGAAGAAUGAUCCCGAUCACGGAGUACACUCGAAACUACCCGCGUUCCUUCGCUAA